GGAUUUCCCUGUGACGUAGUAGUCAGCAGAACAAGUCUAGUUUUGACUCUUAGUUUAUACACAAAAUUAGCGGUAAAUUGUUAUACCGAGACGCAUCAAUUUCCUAGUAAGAUGUUCGAUUGUGUAUCAGACUGAAGAUAAAAAAUUAAUAAAAGUGCUGCCAUUCUAUUUUUCAAGUUCAUAUCGCCGUGUUUAGAGUGAGUGUGUUGGAAACAUCGGAAAACGGAUUGGAUUCGAUCUUUUUUAUUACAAGCGGUUCAAGAUUUAUCAAUUUACCACAAACGUUCAGUGGAUUGUUGUGUUUGUAAUCAUGUUACUGUUUACUGUGGUAUUAUUGACGGCCUUGACUUGUAAUGCAAUUGAUAUAAACUUAGAGAAUGAUGAUUCCUACUAUCCUAGUUUCGAAUUUUCUGAUACUCUAGACUGGCAGUUGCUUAAGACCUUUUCGUCGCAAUACAGAAAUGUUAUAGUAUCACCUAUCAGUCUCAAGGUUAUAUUAGCUUUAUUAUACCAGGGUGCCACUGCAAACACUGCCAAAGAAUUCGAACAUGUUUUGCAUUUCAUCAAUAAAACGAGUUCCAAGGAACACUUUAGUAAUAUACUGGCUGGAUUACAGGAAUCAAGUAGAAGCGAAUAUUUGCUGAACUUGGGAUCGUCAAUAUUUCUGGAUAAACAAAUAUCAAUAAACCCCAAUUUUGAACACAUAUCCAGAAAAUAUUUCAGGACCGAUAUUAAACCAACAAAUUUUUCCAACACUGAAGAAGCUAGUAUAAAAAUCAAUCUCUGGGUCCAACAACUCACGAAUGGAAAAGUUACUCAGUUGGUCACACCAGGUGAUCUCAUACAAACAUUAAUGUUGGUAACAAACGCUGUUUACUUCAAAGGUACAUGGACACACCCCUUUCCUAAAGAAAAGUCUUACGAAGGGAACUUUCAUUAUGCUAACGAUUAUUUUGGAAAAGAAAAGCUGGUUACUGUGAAAGUUCCAUAUAUGUCUACGACAGAUGAGUUUUUCUUCAAAUCGGUUGAUUCGUUGGAUGCUAAAAUAUUGAGAAUGCCCUACAAAGGAAGUUCCUUCUCUAUGUUUUUCAUUCUGCCAAACUCUCUGAGAGGACUACCAGAUUUGAUUAGGAAAAUCAGUUUGUCAAAAAUAACAGAAGUUCUGUACGAAAUGAAUAAAAGUUUAGUGGAAGUACACAUUCCAAAAUUCAAAUUCAAUUUUUUGGCAAAACUAGCAGAGCCUCUGCAGAAAUUUGGACUACAGCAAAUGUUCCAGAACACAGCUAGUUUCACCGAUAUUGUUAAAACUAACCAAACCCUAUUGAGGCAGUUGGUUGUAUCAGAUAUUGUACAAAAAUCUGGUAUUGAAGUGGAUGAAGAGGGAAGUGUAGUAUAUUCUGCUACAAAUGUCAAUAUUGGAAAUAAAUUUGGUGAAGCCAAAGAAGAGUUUAUAGCAACCCACCCUUUCUUGUUUUACAUUGAAGGACCAAAUGGAACUUUAUUAUUCAUUGGUAAAGUGGAAAAUCCGUUAGAAGAAACGCAAAUGCCUCUUCCUACACGUUGGAAAGAAGAAGACAACUUUCAGGAAGCAGCCCAACCGUCAAAUGCGCAGGGAUUCAUACCAGUCGAGGAAUUGAAUCCUGCUAUUCAGGAUAAACCAGUCCUAUCACCAAAUCUUGAUCCAGAAUAUCUGCAACCUGAAGAAGCUAAUGUAGAGGAUAUAUCAUACAGAUUCAACUUAUUUGAUGUAGAGUUACUUAAUGCAUUCAGUGAUUCCACAACAAAUGUUUUAUUAUCUCCCGCUAGUGUGAAAACAACAUUAGCCAUGAUUUUAGAAGGAGCUGCAGGUAGUUCCGCUGAAGAAAUACGCGAAGCUCUUAGGAUACCUGAUAUCAACGACAAAGGUGUGAGGGAAAUUUUACUGGGACUUUUGAAUAAUUUGAAUGAGAAGUCAACGAGUUCAACUUUACUGGAGAGUUAUAACGGUGUUUUCUUUUCAAAUAAUAACCAAUUAGUGGAGCGCUACCAAAACGUAGUCAAACAAUUUUACGGUGCCAUAUUCAAAAGCGUUAAUUUCAAAAACAUUGGAUCGACUGUUAAUAUCAUAAAUCAAUGGGUUUCUGAUUCUACUCAUGGAGCUAUCAAAGAAAUAGUUUCAACACAAAAUCUCAGCCCCGAAUCUACUGCUGUAAUAGCUAACGCACUAUACUUUAAAGGAAAAUGGAAGACUCAAUUUGACCCCAAAAAUACAGGAAACAAGUGCUUCCAUACUGCGGGAAAAUGUGUUUCGGCGCCUAUGAUGCACAUAUCUGAUACAUUCAUGUACAGUUAUAUAACUAAUUUGAGAGUUCAUGCCGUGGAAUUGCCAUAUCAGGAUAAAUUUUCAAUGCUGAUACUUUUGCCAUCAGAGGAGGCGAAUAUACGAAUGGUAGUUCGAGAUUUACCACAUUGGCGACUAACAGAUAUUUUGGAAAAAUUGAAACCUUCCGAUAUUAUUCUCGAGAUUCCUAAAUUUAAAAUUGGCUUUGAGGUGAAGCUCACAUUUUUCUCUUUUCAGUUGAAAAUACGAGAAAUAUUUGGAGCAAACGCCAAUUUGUCAGGAAUCGUAGAAAACGGCAACGUGGUUGUAAAUUACCUCAUACACAAAGCGAAGAUACAGGUGGAUGAACAGGGAACUGUAGCAGCAGCUUCAACAAGCGCCAUGGUUGUGCCUUUGAUGGGAUCUCUAUCAGUUAUUGCUGAUAGGCCUUUCAUUUUCAUGAUUUACCACAAAGAAACUCAAAAUAUUAUAUUUGAAGGAAUUUUGCAAAACCCUUUGGAACAAAGCUUCAGCUUCACGGAACAGACUAGUCCCAAGAUUUCUAGUAGGAAAUCUAUCAGAACUCGACAAUUCAGUUGAAAUUGUUGUUAUGACUAUUGAUCACUAGAAGCUCUCUUUCUCAAGGAUGAUUGACAAUAUAUUUUUUUAGAAUA